AUGAAUUAAAUAAGCAAAAAAAUUCGAAAAACAAGAGUAAAGAAGAAAUGCAUAGUUGAAUCGUCCAAGGUUGUAUUUUGUAAAAUAUUUGCAUUCUUAACACCAAAAGAAAAAUUGAUGUGUCGCUUUGUUUGUAGGAUGUUUAAUUAUUAUUCCAUUUAAUCAAUAGAGUCCUUAAAUUUUUAAGCAUAAAACACUAAAAUGAAAGCUUUCAAGCCAUUUAUAGCAAAAUGCACCAACCUAAAAUAUUUAAUAUACCCUUGUUUAUAUAAGCGAGUUUAAAUGACUUCUUUGGUGGGCAAAAAGAAGAGACCAUAAAUCAGAGAAAUUACUCAUUUGUGCUUUCGAAGCUAUGAAGAUAUUGCUGACCUUAUGAAAUUAAAUACUGGACUCCGAGCCUUAGAAUUGAAAUUUGAUUUCAGAGGAACUAAUAACCCAUAAAUAUCUUAGGAAGUAUAAGAAAUUCUAUUAAAUUCAUCAAUUGAGGAAAUUAUAAUUAAGGAACAAUAAAUUUCAGAUCUGGCUUUAAUUGAACUUAUGAAACACAAAAUCACUUGUAUAAAAUUAGAGGUGAGAAAUGAUCAAAAUUAACUCAUAGAGAAACUGAUAUCUAUUGAACUGAAACUUAAGAAACUAUACUUGAAAAUUACUAUUGUGGAUGCUCGAAUAGUAGAGACACUCAACUUCUUUUUAUAAUAAUAAUUGGACUUAGAAGUGCUUUAUUUGGAUUUCAAAAAAGGAGUAGACCUAACAAAUCACAAGAAAUUGAAAACAAUCCUACUAGAAAAUGCUUUCGAUUUGAAAUCUUCAAUGAAAUUUCCAACUGUUCUUGUUGACAAACUCAUUAUAAAAUCUUUGACAAUUACUCAUAAGGACAUAAAGGUAUUCUAUUUUAUCAAUUGA